GUAUACCUUUGAUUUAAUGAAAAUUAAUUAUACAUUACUUUUACUUUCAAUUUUUUUCAAUGCAUUAUUUAGAAUUUUGAUAUUUCGGUUUAUACGAAUUUCAGGAUAUCUCCAAAUGAUCACUGUGUAAAUAAAUUAUUUACAAUGAUUGCAAUAAAUUUAAAGAACAUAUUUUAUAUUCGUAUAAAUUAUUAAUAUCUUUAAAAUUGAAUAUAUACGAUGCAUAUUCAGUUAUGUAUGUACAUAUUUUGAAUUUUUCAAAGUAAUUCUAUAUCGUGCAACCAGAUAGCUCUGGUGUCGUAGUUAAGUCAAGGGGAUGAGUAAAACAUCAUACAUUUUGUAAACAAAUACAAAACCAUUUAUUUCACCGAAACUUCCGCAUUAUUUUAUUUAAUUUUUAAAUGUACGAAAAUAAUACGUACUACGAUUGCUAAUGUGUGAAUCAGAACUUACUUUCUGACUUCAAUGACAUUUGUUAUAAAUCAUGUUUCUGUGUCAAGCUUUUCGAACACUGUUGAAGAGAGUUGGUCCUGUUAUGUAUGCUACAAGUUUUGUGUUUAACAAUCACUCUGAAAGUAAGAAACCUAUGGCUGAUGAUAAAUUAAAUCUUGAACCUCCUGAUAUUAAAAAAUUAACUAUUGAAUAUAUGAUAGAACAAUCCACGAUAGAUUCUAUAAAUAAUGCAAGUCAAACAUUAACUAUUACAUAUAUGGCAGUAAUGAGAACAAGUACCGAGUAUAAAAAUUUGUUAGGUUUAUUGAUUUCUCUCUUGAGGGAUUCUUUGGAAUUUAAUUGUACCGAUGAACAUUGGGACUCGAUAAUUGAAAUAAGAUCGCAAGUACAGAGUAAAAAGGAAAAAUUAAAUAAAUUAACAGGUUACAUUCAAUAUGUACAAAAUCUGGCAGUAGCAGUUUCAGAUCUAUGUUAUUUAUCAGGAAUGGACAAUUUGUCAUUCAGUCUUUCUCAACAUCUCGACGAUGUAUUAAAACGUAUAAAAACAGAAGUUGAUCUUAUUGCAAUACUCGAAGAAGAAUAUUGUGAUAUACAAGAACAAUGCAUUAGAAAUUGUGAGUACAUUAUAAUCAUUAGAUUUAAAGCAAAUUAAAUUUUAUAGAUGAUCUGGUUUGUGAUAACCUUUUGUUCUGUUUUAACAUUUCAGCAAAUAAAACAAAUAGUAAUGAAUCCUCUGAUUAAUGUGAACAGACGUAUCUGUGUGUUCAUUGUUUGAAAGAUAUUUAUAUCUGUUUAUAUAAUAAAUAUUUGAUAUCGAAAAUAGA